AUGGUCAACUGGAGCAGUGUCUUCGAUUGGAAGCACCGCGACCGACGAGGCCUUCACGAUGAGAUCAGCGCCUUACUCCCGUCCCAUCGUAACCCAGACACCGUCUCGGCCAUCCCCGCGAGAGAAGUCACAUUCGUAGCACUCCGCCUGAAGUACCAACUCGAACAAGUCAUUCCCUGCGAGCUCCCCGAAGAGCGCGUCACGAAACCGCACAGCGAUGUUAUCAAUCCCGCAGUCAUCAAGACGGCCAAGUCAGCGGGCAAAGUCUCCGGUUCGGACGACGACCAUGGCGCUUGUGUGAUAUACUGUCUUCUGAUUGUGAAGCAUUGGUUUAAGAGGCAGGCUAUGCUCGAACUGUGGGACGCUGAUCUACACGAGCUACGUGCCACUGCUUGUGAGGUGCUGGCGAAGCACAUAAUCGAAGACGAGGAUGAUCACAACUAUCUCAUGGAAGAGGUGCUGCUGAAACGCUAUAGCAUAGUGGUGAACGGCGAGGACACUAAGCCAGCCAAUGCAGUCGAGAAAGCUGUGGACCUACAUGCGGUGCGCAUAAUUGGCAGCUCAGGCUAUCAAAAGUGCGUCAACCAUCUCUGGAGAGGUUGGUUGGUGCAAGACGAGGACGACCCAAGCCGGUUCAUCGACUACAAGCUGAAAACCUCGACCAACUACUGGGAUCACUUUGACCCUGACCGAAUGCGAGUACCGCAAUACCAAAAUGCCCUACAGGUUCUCAUAAGUAUCAUAUUCCUUGCACUCUACACAGGUGCGAUCAACACUAUCAACCCUGGCGGAGAGCUCGAUGUGGUCGAAGGAUUGCUCUACAUCUUCACGGCCGGCUUCAUCUGCGACGAGGCCAGCAAGUUCAUCAAGAUCGGACGAUACUACUUUGGCUUCUGGAACAUCUUCAAUACGACGCUGUACACCCUGCUCGUCAUAUCCUUCGUGCUGCGCCUGAUCGGUCUGGGUCAUGAGUGGAAAUCGGAGACACGGCUCCACUACAACACGCUGUCUUACAACUUCCUCGCCUUCAGUGCGCCGAUGUUCUGGAUGCGCCUCCUCCUGUACCUGGACGGUUUCCGAUUUUUCGGUGCCAUGCUGGUCGUGUUGAAAGUCAUGAUGAAAGAGUCUUUGAUCUUCUUCGCGCUUCUCAUUAUCGUGCUCAUUGGAUUCUUCCAAGCGUUCAUCGGCAUGGACCAAGUCGACGAGAACAUCACAGCCGCGCAAUUCAUCGUCAAAGCCAUGCUCAGCGCCAUCAUGGGUGAUCCUGACUUUGACUCAUGGGGCAAUUUCGCACCACCAUUCGGCCUGAUCCUCUACUACAUCUACAACUUUGUCAUCAUCGUCAUCCUGCUGAACGUGCUCAUCGCAUUGUACAAUUCGGCGUACGAAGACAUCUACGAAAACGCCAUCGACGAGUUUCUGGCCCUCUUCGCGCAGAAGACGUUGCAAUUCGUUCGGGCACCUGACGAGAAUGUCUUUAUCGCGCCAUUCAAUCUCAUUGAGAUAUUCGGUCUCAUCUUGCCGUUCGAGUGGUGGAUGCCGAAAGCGAGAUAUGAACAGCUGAACGAUCUCGUCAUGGGUGUGAUAUACAGUCCUUUGCUGUGCGUCACUGCCCUACUCGAAACCAGAACAGCCCGCAAGGUACGCUGGAACCGUAGCCGCCAUGAAGCUGAUGACGAUACUGUCGAGGAAUGGGAACAACUCGAGGGCGAGCUGGAUGUCGAAGGCACCGGAUGGAGCAAGAGGGUGGAAGAAACCGCCCCUAACGUCAUCUCGGAUGCUGCGUUGACAGAAUUGAAGGAUCUCAAGGAGCAGAUGAAGGAGCUCAAAAACAUGGUUCGAGAAAUGACACCACAAGCUGAUGGCGCAGAUGGUGGACGUGCCUAG